ACUGCCAGCUUUCUCGGUUGUUAACAACAUACUAGAACGUAUGCAUCUGAGCGGUAACUUUGAGAAAAUGAAUCGCUUCUCUUUGAUUAUACUACUGCUGAUUGCGACGAAUUUCCUGGCAGUUGACGCCACUAACGAAGGAAAUAAAAUAGAAAGACUCAGACUUAAGAGGGCUCUACUUAACAAUCCAGAUACAUCUGUUACAGACAGAAUCAUCGUCACUAAUACAGGAAAAGAUCAACAUCUGUAUGAAGGCGACAUUGUUCUGACCGACCAUGAUAACGUAGACACUCGUAACUAUGGUGAUGUGAAUGGACCAAUAGAAAAGACAGUCAAGAGGAAUGCUCAAUGGACACGUAAAGGGUUAUGGCUAACAAAAGAGGUUCCUUACGAGAUUCAUAGUGAUUUAGUGGACUACAAAGUAAACAUCAAAGCUGCAAUCGAGCAGUUUACACGGCACACGUGUGUGCGAUGGGUACCGCAUACUAACCAAUCAAACUGGGUCAAGUUCGUAAAGAAAAAUGGUUGCUAUUCAAGUGUAGGGCGUAAGUACUGGUUAACAGGCCCCCAGGAUGUUAGUCUGGGCAGCGGUUGUAAUCAUCGAGUUACGAUCAUGCAUGAGAUGCUCCAUGCUGUUGGAUUCUGGCACGAACAGUCUAGACCUGACAGAAACCAUCAUGUGGAAGUUAUGUGGGAGAAUAUCGAAGAAGGCAAGGAACACAACUUCAAUAAGUACAAGAGAAACAGCAUAGAUGUGCUAAACACGAACUAUGAUUUCAACAGCAUCAUGCAUUAUGGGAAAUAUGGAUUUUCCAAAAACGGCAAACCAACUUUGUUAGCCAUCAAAGAUCCUAAAAGGGAACUUGGUCAACGAAAUGGAUUCAGUGAAAUAGAUAUCAUCAAAGUCAACACUCUCUACGACUGCAAAAGCACAUCUUCAGUUGGCUGGAGUUCAUGGACUUCUUGGAGUGAUUGCACCGAUGAUUGUUAUAAAAUUCGUCAAAGGUUUUGCAGCGCAGUUGACAGAAAUAAAGUCUGUCCAGAAGCUGACGAAAAUGGCAUUGAAAUGGGGCUCGUGGAUUGCACACAACAAGAAUGCAAAAGUACGUUUAAAAGAAUUGGGAUAAAAUAUUUGCCAAUCUUCCUUGUGAAAGCACAAAGCGCGAGCGCACUUUCAUUAGCAUCAUUCCUUUUCAAAAUGACGUUAUGGUAAUUCGUAUUUUUUUA